GAUGUCCGAAGAACAACUCCAACAAGAAUUGGCCCGACAUAAUAACCGCUUUCUACAACAACAACAAAUGCCGACGACCAUUGACGAAGAGGAGCUUGAGGAUGAAGAUGCGGAGGAAUUGGAACCGGAGACGGCUGAGGAGGAGGGUGCCGGCAGCCACGACGCCGACGCGCCUGCCUCAUCCCAAACCGCCACCGGUAAUAAAAACAGUAAGUCUGAACUAAUGAAAAAUAAUUUUGAUAAAUGGAAGGACCCACAAACCGGCUAUUGGCACGCAACUUGCAAGUGGUGCAACAACAAUUAUAGUUUGGGAACCUCCGGCGGAUACGGAUCCGCCGCAAGGCAUCUUAAGGCAAAGCACCCCGUGGAGUAUGCAAAAUUAGGCGGCGGAACGGGGAAGCAAACUCAAAUAUCGAGGUUUGCGAAUUCUCAACCUUUUGGACCCGAAGACCGGACUGUGGUGGGCAACUUGCAGGUGGUGCAAGAAAGACUGUUGCUUGGGGCGUUCAUACGGAUACGGGAUGCCAAUAAAGCAUAUGAAGUCCUGUGACAAAGGGAAAACAACAACCAACGGUGGCGGAAAUCCCAAUUGAUAUUCAUUACAAUUUACAAAAUGUAUUUCGUAUUGUUAUUUUUUUCUCAAUUCUCAAAUGUAGUUCUUAUUUCAAAUAAAUGCACUUGAACUUUGUUUUUAAUAGCAAUUUGUAUAAUA